GAUGAUGUGCGUCUGGAUGAUCGUUCUAUCACGGAAGAAAAUUAUUUUGCCAACCGACGGGAUCCGAUUAAAUUUCAAGCCUUGAUGCAACUGCUCACCUUAUUGAUGCAUCAUCUACGCCGGACCCGAGUUAACGCUUCGCUCACAAUUCAACUUUUCUCCCAGUUGUUUCACGUGAUCAACGCGUAUGUGUUCAAUCAGGUCCUAAUCAAUACGGAAGCCAAACCGCGUGGGGCUAGACAGGAUGAUACGAGCAUGUGGUUGACCCGGAUCGGGGCUACACGUUUGUUACGGCGACUAGAUCGUAUUAAACAGUGGGCUCAACGCCAGGGAUUGGAACGUGCUGCCGAAUGUCGACUACAACGAUGCGUUCAGGCUUGUCAACUUAUUCUGGCAGAUCGAUCGAAUUUGGAUGAAUUCUAUCAGUUCUGUAUGGGUCUGCUUUCUCUGAACAGUAUGCAACUCGAAUGGCUUAUGGCUCAUUUGGUCGAUCCACCACCGGUCCCGGACGACUGGAUUGAUUUGAUUGUGACCGGCGGGAAAGAGGUCAAUGAUCGUGCAAUUGCAGACGAGAUGGAGCACUUAAUGCAUACCGCACGCGAUAGUCCUUUGAUGCCGGAAAUUCAACUUACCGAGCCUCGCGAAUUGCCACUGCCUUUGCUUCUCCCACCGGAUGGUUAUGCCUCGGAUACAAUUCUGACCGGGGCACCAACCGGUUUGGUUGAUUUCCUUCGUUUGUUAGAAUCGAAACGUCUGAUUCAUCUUCGGCGGAACAAUGCGGAAGCAGUCCGGAUAAAAGAACGUCCAUGGGCAAACUAUUUGCGUCUAAGUCAAGUUGAAGAAAACAGCAAGAGGCUAUCGGACACUGCCACGUACGAACGACCAGUCCCAACCACAGACACGGCCAAACCAACAAAUCCCCAACCAACGGAUAGUAGUGAAUCGUCAGAUUUGAGCAGUGAUGAUGAUGAGGAGGAGGAGGAGGAGGGCAACGUGAAAUCCGGUGAAGGAGCUAAGCGUACAGGUCAUCCGCGUCCCGGUCGAUACAAACCUGCUCCGGCUUCCGGGACCGGUUCUUUGAAACGUCCGAUACAGCAUCGUUCAUUGCCAGAUCUUACCACAUCGGAAUUCGAUUCGAUGGCCCGAGAAGCUCGCGUUCCCGUGGACAGUAUAAUUCGAUUUUAUCUUCGCAAGCAUAAUAACAGUCUCGGCUUGAGUAUUGUCGCCGCCAAAGCUGAGGGUCAGAAACUAUAUGGCAUAUACGUGAAGGAGAUUGUGCCCGGUGGUGCAGCCGCUCGUGAUGGUCGUCUAGCCACGGGUGAUCAGAUUCUCGCCAUUGGAUCAUCUAGCCUCAUCGGUUGUGCUCAGUCGGAUGCGGUCGCCACAAUUGCCAAACAGAGUCGUGACGAUGCCGGCAUUCAUUUGACCGUGGCUCGUGGCGCAGCCAAAUAUCAUCGAAUCUUGGAUCUGAUUCGACCAUCAGAUGGAUCACAAACAGUGCCCAAGACAGCGCAUCAUACAUCCACCAGACAGUCCGUUCCACCCGUAUCCACAUUUGCCGAUUUGCAUCAGACUGAUGACCCGGUUGAUCGAAAGAAAGCACUUGUGCAAAAAAUCGGUUCACCCGUGCUACCCCCAUCCACUCGAGUCGGAUUACGACCGUCCGAGGACUCUCGACUACCCCAUUCAUCUCUAGGACGACGUUUCGGUCGAGAUGGCGGUGGUGCUGCGGGUCGACAACCGGGCUCGUUAAGCCGUUCCACACCGUCCUUGAAUUUGGCCGAGGUGGGCAUGGAUGAUGAGCCGGAACCGGUUGAAAGUCCUUUGCACAGACCGAAAUCCGGGCACCAGUCGAAAAAUGAACCGGCGAAUAGAACCAAAAGUCCGUCACGGCCUAGUCAGAAAGUGAAUCAACGAACACAGUCGCAACCGUCUAAUCGAAGAUCCUCCGGUCAUCGCUCGUCAUCCCGGUCCCGUUCAUCUUCAGCCGAUUCGACCGCUAUCUCUUCCUCGUCACGAAGUGCAUCCACCACAUCCGGUUCAGAUAUUGUGCAUGAGCCCACGACACCCCCAAAUCGACCUGUCUCGGGAAACCGUCCCCCUGAACAAAAGAAAUCACAAGCGUUCGGUCGUCCCGGUCACCGUCGAACUUCGCCAGGCAAAAUACAAGCGUCACGUUCGCAUCCGAAUAUCGCUUCGAAAGCCGCACCGACUGAUCGGUCAUCAGCCCGACGUGUCUCCCUCUCCAACGGUGUUGAGCCAAAAAUCCCUGUGGCUGAAUCCGUCUCAGACGAAUUUUCCAGUUUGGAUUCCAUUUCUAGCGAGCAAACUCCGUGCAGUCUACAGGAUUCGGGAGCAGAUCAGCCACCGGUGUCUGCACACGAACCAGAUCAAGCUAAUUUGGGUUCGAGUACGGGGACCCGAUUGAACGGUAAACCCACUGGGAAGGAAAAGACUCGUCACCCGCCUCCCCCUCCCGCUCCAAGUCAGAGUGAGUUUCACACUGUUUGUUGA